GCAAGGAUGACACGCAAAUUCGUGAAGCGUUCCUUAUUGAUAUUUUGGGUUAUUAAUUAUGAUUUUACUGUAAUUUUUCAUAUUUUAUACUGUACAGAGUGAAAAGCCUGUUUUUAGGGUGCAGUACGCGGCCUGAACGCCAGAGCGCAGCACUGCACUGCAGCCUCGCGCUAGAGCGAGUCACUGCAGUUUAACAUCUUCAACUCGGGUUUAAAGAAGUUACAGGAACAGAAAUAUUUUGUUUCCAAGCUAAAAAUGUUGAAAAUUGCUGGUUCUGCAGCUGGUACAGAUGUGUGGACCCGAAAUGUGGAAACCAGCCUCACUUGCUCAUGUACAUAGUUUCAGCUUUACAUGCAGGAAGAACUGGUGCAGUUGAACAAAACCUUUGCAGAUGUCUCAAGCAAACCUGAAGAGCCACAGUUUCUAGGCCACAAACUCAGUAACAAUUACACUAGUCUGGUUUUAGUCCAGCAUGUCUGGCAGCAGCUGUUCCUGUCGAGCCCACCUGAGGAGGUUGGCAUUGAACAUGCUGUACUGCCAGUCCAGAUGCAUCCUGCUGUAUGGCACACUCAAAGGUUGAGUGGAACGGUUUUGGGAGGCCAUUGAUGGAGACCAGAACCACCGGAAACUUCUCAUUGUGGAUGGGAUCUAGUUGGUCCAGUAUAUCCCGUGACCAGGCUGUCAGCUUCUUUUUUUUAGGACUGGCAUUCAAUGUAUUCAGUAUCCAUGAAAUACCAGCCGCUGACAUCUAAGACCUUCCUGACGGUCUUGUGCAUCCCACAUGCUGUCAAAUGGAUGCCAAGCUGUCGACAGGUGAAGAUUGGAGGCACUGAUUCUGGCAUCUGCUCAGCAUUUCUUCUCCUCAUACACUUCUGCAGAGCAUCCAUCUUGGUACUUGGUCUGGCAUUCUGCUUUUUCACCCACUUGAUGAAGCUGAAAUAGAGGGACACAGAAUUAGCUCAAGCCCCGACAUUACACAUUCUCUACUGUCUGCAUCCUCUGUUAGAAAAGGGUAUGGUUUACAUCUCUGUUGAAGUCUGUCACCUCAUAAAGGUCUUUAAAGGCCAAGUUGCUAAGACCUGGUCUUCCUGGGCUGGUGUGCCAGAGCCUAUCUGACCAGGCUCUCACUGAUGGCAGUCAUCAUGUCAGGAAACAGGCCAGCAUACUGCAGCAACGCACCCGUGUUGCCCAUGACAGCAGACUGGGUGGUGUCGUCCCCCUCACACUCCUGUUGAUGUGUGGUCAGCACCAUGGCUGCGUACACAAUGUCAUUGGACACCAUUUAGAGGUUUACCCCAGUACUGGCCAAACCACAGGGCGCUCUCACUCAGCACAAGCUGAUGAUUGGACGUGUCACGGUUUCUUCUAAGUAAAACGUUUCUCUGCCACUUUAGCUGGAAAGUCUGUUUCUUAAUGGCUGUCUGAGCAGAAGAGGAUCGCAGCCGCAGACAAAUUGCCUCUGACAACUGCCUGGAAGAGGAAAAAGAGAGUAGAAGCCAUUGCUCAAGACCUGCCCCAGAAAAGGGCAAAAAAAAAAGCAAAUCGUUUACCUGGAGGAUUAUGGACACAGCAGUAAUGUGUUGAUUGAGGUCAAACAGCUGUAACCUUGUUUUAGCCAUGAGUCUGGGGUGUCUAGGACUACAUCCCUGAUCAUUCUGUAGUCCUGCAGAAUGACAGCCCACCUGUUUACCCUGACACCAGCAACUGUCUGACCAGCGGGGUAAACACAGAAGAGAACCAGGCAGAUUGCCUCAAGACGGCUGGCAUUGGGCCACUGAGCAGGUCCACUGCCUUCACCAAGGAAGUAGCUGUGAAAUAAAAGAAAACAUUAUGUGAAGAGUACAUGAAAAACAAAUUAAUUAAAUACAGAUUAUACAAACUGAUUGACAAAUAUUGACACAUACCGCUUCAAACUGUCAACUCCAGGUGUCACAUUCGUUACAGAAUGACUGACUUUGAAGCGCCUCUUCACCAGUCUGUCACGGUGGCGAGCUGGGUAGACGAGAGCGCCCUUGUCAAACUCGGACAGUUUAUCCCACAAAGUCUGAAUCUCAUCCACCUUGAGCUGUGUGAUGAACCCCUCAUGUCUGAGGUCCACCAAACUGUUAGCUAACCUGACCACGUGGUCAUAACCAGGUCUGCCAUCUGGUCCCAGGCUCUCCAUCUGUGCAUUAAAGGAAAAUAUAUACUCUCUUAUAAGUCUCAUCAUGCUUAUUCUGUCAUAUCACUCUGAAACCUCUAAAAGUAAGGUAAUGAAGGAACUUCUACUUCAAAAUAAUGGACCAUUAUCACAGUACUAAUGCCUAUAUGGUAAUUUAGUUACCUGGCUCUGAGUGACUGGCUCAUCUCUCAUGUGCUCAGGCAAGGAAGACUCUGCUGAAUGACUCUGCACCCUCUGAAAUUAAGACAAUGAAGUCAUUUCCACUUAAAUUAAAAAAUAAAAGAUCAUCAUGAUCACAGUAUUAAUGCCCAUAAUACCUGGCUCUGAGUGGCUGACUCAUCUCUCAUGGGUUCAGGGAUCCCAAUGAGUUGGUAAUGAAGAUGGGAAACCCCUCAGAUCUGAGUGUGUCUCUGCUCUCAUCGUCCGACAAUGUGUCCAGUGAUGCGACCUACAUCGUCUCACCAUUAUCAGACCUGCCAAUCACAGAUUCAGAACUGUGGCUAGACUCCAUGUCUGAUUCAAAACGCAGAAAGACUUCCACAUCCUGCCCAUUAACCUCUGUCCGUCCUAACACAGAGGAUGCUGAGCUUCUGACGCCUGUGGGCUCUGGGAAGAAAACCAAAGUCUCUGUGAAUAAGUGCAGUGUGUGCAGGAAAGAGUUUAAAACCACCUGUGCACUUAAAACACACCUCUUGAUCCACAGACAUGAUGGGCCACACAUCUGCAGCAUCUGUCAGAGAGUAUUUAAACACUAUCAUCAGCUCACUUCCCACAUGAUGACCCACCACAAGAGGAAGACAUAUCAAUGUACUCAAUCUGGCUGCCACAAAACCUACAGUGACAAAAACUCCCUAAAACAUCACUGUGCAUCUCGACACGGAGUCCACUUCACGUCUCCUUCCUCCACCAGCUUAGCUUACAACUAUGACCUGCCGGCCUCACUGUGGGAGCCAAUGGUUAAUCGUGCAGCGUCAGACUCCCGCAGCCUCUUCAUCUCUCAACCAAAGCCUGUUUCAACUCCAGUGCUAAAAGAUCCCAGUUAUUCUGGAACACUCAAGCUUGGUUUUGGAUGCUACUCAGAAGACACCCAUCCCGCUCAGGUAAAACGUUCAACGCCUCAGGAAAGCUGGACUUUAGCGACUGCCAGCGAGUCUUAUAAGGUCAAAGAAAGCACCAAGACGCUAAACUCCACCCAGUGGGCUUUAGGUAUCAACUCUUUUGUAGAAAAUCCUGUGGUUUCACAGAAUCCAUUUGAUGUUCAUGGUUUGGAAACCAAACUUGAUUUCCAUGAGUCUUACCCUGAAGAACGGAAAGAGAUGCUGUCGUUUCAGCCUAACAGAGAGGCAAGUACCUCCAGCGUGGGUUUCCCUACGAGGCCACCAGCUUCUGUCGGCCACAAGAAGCAUUGUCCAAUUCUGCUGAAACACAAUCUGAAAGACCCCAAACCUCUGAACAAGCGUCGGCCCUCCUUUUCCAGUUCUACUCCUCCUGUCUUAUUAGUCCCUGAACCGAAAAGUGAUUUUGACUGUAACCUUCCUGAUCCUGCACUUCCUUCUACUCCUCCUCAUGCACCAUUACCCAACAGCAGGAAGAGGAAGUCCUGCUCUAAGCACACCUUGUCUAAUGUUCCAACUCAUCCACUGCCUGUUCCUCAGCCCGGUUGUCAUAAACGUUCACGAUCCCACUCUUCCUACCUUGUCUCACCUAGUCAGGUGGCACUUGCAUCCUUCAGCACUUACCUAGGCAACCCAUUUUUACAAAAGGAGUCCAUUAUGAAAUCAACAGGAGCGGAACCAAACUCUGGUUUCAGAACCUAUAAAAGAUCUGUACGCAGAGCUCGAUCGCAUCCCUCUUGUUCUCAAGAAGCUCUUGGCUCUGGUGGAACAAAGGAGAAACAUAAUUCACAGCCGUCCACCUCAACACUGGUGCUGCUGACAUUAAUUCAAGGUGAAGAACAGAAGGUGAAUUCAGGACAAAGGCAAAAGUCCAAAGGGACAAACCUGUCCCCACUGAUCAUGCCCGUGUCUGUCCCAGUCACAAACGUUUUAGACCCCCAAGCUUCCACACAUCAAGCUGAGAUGCCACAGACUCGUAAAGGUGCAUCUAAGAGGUCUCGUUGUCUUGACCCUUUAAAGCACCUGAUCAUCCCCAGUCCACCUCUGCCUCGCCUAUCUUCCCCACAAUGGGCCCGUGAUCAGGAAACCCAGAGUUUGCAGAGAAGUCGUGCCACGGGGGGUUAUCCCAGCCAGCUGCGCUCACCAACCUAUCUGGGUGACCAUCCGCUGAGCCCUAGGUUUCAUCGCCCACCCUACACCCCUCAGCCCAUGCUGAGCCCUCUCCGUCCUGGGACAGGCCUCUACUCUAAAAGCCUGCCACAGUAUCAGCCAUGGACACCGCUACCCAGCACCCUCGAUGGCGUGUCCUUCCCAACUGACAGCACAGUCAUCAGCAUACAGCCGAGGAUUAACGUGGGUUCGCGUUUUCAAGCAGAGAUUCCCCCAGUACGUGACACGCUCUACUUACUUUAUGAAGAACACCCUGCUCAGCUCGUCUGGGCUCCUUGGAAAGAUCUCUCUACCAACACAGAGACACAGCAAAGGGUCACAGAGCUGUUAGACAUGUGCUGUUCCAGUGUGCUACCAGGAGGAGGCACCAACAUCGAACUCGCUCUCCACUGCCUUCAUGAAGUCCAAGGAAACAUAACGGCAGCACUGGAUUUACUGCUAAUGAGAGGAGAUUACCGGACCCCCUGGCACCCUCUGAGUGAUUACCACUACACAGGGUCAGACCACUGGACAGCUCAAGAGAUGAAAGUGUUCAAGAAAGCUCUGGUUGAUCAUGACAAGGACUUUCAACAGAUUCAUAAUGUGUUGCAGACAAAAUCAAUAGCUCAGUGUGUUGAGUAUUACUAUAACAUGAAGAAGCUGAAAAAGUUAAAGCAACGUGGCCGAGCAGCCAUUAAAAAGGAUGGAUGUGGAGAGGACGCUAAGGAGCAGACAGACGAAAACACACAGCAGAAGACAACAGCUGCUGAGGGCAAGGUGUGUGCCAGAGAUGUGAAGAGCCACAGAUCCCCCUCAGUCAGGAUAGAAACUAACUCCAGAUGGCAACGGGUAUGAAAGGACACAGGUCAGAGCUGAAGCCUGAAGUUAACUGAAGUCUGUUCGGUGUUUCAGAGGAAUCCUGUGUGAAGUGCUGAAGUGUGUUUUAGACUACAGUAAACUCAUUCAACUCAUUGUCCAGAGAUUAAUAUAGACCCUGAAAUUAGGCAUAACUGUAAUCCAAAUUAAAGUUCUCAUCAAAAGAGUAGCCAUCUUUAAGUGGAUUUACAACUGUUUAUUUGUUCUGUUCAAAUUUUGAAAGAAGUGCACAAUGCACAGAAGUUAACAAUAUUUGAAGUUCUUAAAAUGUUCCAGAUUAGUGACUGUAGUAUGACAGGGUUUCAAACAAAAAAGGGUUUCCUUUUCCCAUGUUUAUUCAACUGUUUGUGAUGCUCUUAAGUUUAGAAUCAAUAUUCUCUCUCACUUCAGAAAUAUGCAUCUUUUCAAUAUUCCUAUCACAUUUUUGCAGUAAAAAAGUGGUAUAUUUAAAUGAUAGUAAUGCACAACAGAACUGUAAAAUCCUACCAAUUCAUUAUAAAUCUACAGUUUUACAAGUCAACUGAUUUCCCCUUUUCAUUUGAGGUUAUCUUCAAUCCACGUGACCUAUAAUAAGGUUAUUAAAUUGCAGUUUUACUAUCAUAUGCCUUUGAAAACAGCUGAUGAUGUCAAUGUUUAACAUGUUUACUGUUUAUAAUAUUACUAUAAAGUGUUCGGUUGUCUGAUUUCUCUUUUGUGUGCUGUUCCAAUAGAACAAAUGUUUUACUUUAGUAAUGCUAAAUUUGUUAAACAAAAUAAAUGAGAACUGAAAACACA